AUGCAUGACCUUCCCAUGCACCUUCUUGAGAGCAUACUAUCAGACUUACCUGUAAAGGAAUCAGUGUGCACUAGCUGCAUGUGCAAACCGUGGCAUGAUCAUUUGUGGAGUUCUGUUUCUGCAGAUGACACCUCUAAGUCUACUGAAUCAGACUUCAAAAAGUCACUGGAGAAACUUCUUCAGAAUCCGGCGUAUUUCCUUAACGUCAGGUUAAGAUGCACAAAAUUUAAAAGGCACUCCUUCCUGCAUGAGUUUCUUCGGGAACUGCUGAAAAAGAAAGUAAUCAUCCUGGAAAUCGCAGUGGAUCGUCAUGAGAGUUUGGGAUUUUUCCCCAUCCCACCCGAAGUCUUUACAAGCAUGCAUCUUAGGGUCCUGAAGAUAGCAAGCGCCAGAAUUAUUCUGUCUCCUCCAGGGACUUUCACAAGGUUGAGCGCUAUACAAGUCGAUGUAUCUUGGUCAUCGCAUGCAUCUGUCCUUGACUUCUACAAGUGGUGUCCGGUGCUCCAAGAUCUGCAAAUACAAGGAAAAAUUAUGAGACUUCCGGACAAAAAGCAGAAAUUCCAAAUAAGGUCUCAGAGUCUCCUUAGACUAAAAAUUAAACUGCAUCUGCACAAGAUACAGCUUAACAGAGGACAAAGAGUUUACCUUUCUGCUGGAAACCUCUACGAGGUUGAAAUUGAAGCCCCACAACUAGAAGUUUUGGAUAUAGAUGAAUCAAUUUUUGCCAAGUUCAAGAUCGGAAACUUCAAGUAUCUCCAAGAAGUUAAGCUUCAAAGUGGCUUCUACGAAGCUAAGAGACAGCUAGGAGAAGUGGGAGAACUUCUCGUCCUUUCGCGAGGGGUAUUUGAUACGAUUAACAAAGCAUCGUUAUCUACUAGCUGCCUAGUUGUGGGAGACGGUGCUUUUGGGGCACUGAGUUUUACGUUUAUGGACUAUCUUUUUAGUGGUAAUGAAGGUGCAAUCCGAGACAAAUUUCGAAUGACAUUUCCAGAUUUCUAUUGUGUCACGAGCUUGAGACUGUGUAUAGCAGAUUCUGCCGGUUGGGUGUUCAUGCCAUACUUGCUGGCACACCUUCCUACUUUACAAAGAUUGGAUCUUGAAUUUGUAGAUAGGGAAGAUGUUCGAAGGGGCAAGAAAUUUGACUGGAAUCCCCCAAAAGAUUGUCUGGGAUGGUGUUUGCCAAGCCUUAAACAUGUUCGAUUGAUUGGAUUCGGUGAAAAAAUGAUGGAAGAAGCUGGUCUAAUCUUAGCUUUUGUGAGGGAGGCUGCCACCGAAGAACGCUUUGAAGAAAUAACCAUCACCUAUGUAUAG